GUUAUAUAAUUUUAGAUAUUCUGUAAAAAAAAAAAAAAAAAUCAUUUAAAUUAUUAAUAUAUUUAUAAAGUCUAGAAAAUAACUGCGGAAGUCCGUUGGCGUGACGUUAUUGUCCAAUCCCUGUUUACCCCUACCCUCCCUCAAUAACGUUCAAAAGUUAAACUCUCCCAGAAGCUAAAUUAGCUAGCAGUUUAAGUUUUCUAGAGACAUUUUUACAAUCAGCUAACGAUAUUAAAGUGAGUUUUGGAGCGUCUUUGUAAUGAUAUACGCGUUGAAGUUGUUUAGCCUAUUUUGCUGAGUGUUAGUUAACUUUAGAUUUAGUUGCAGAGGCGGUGAGUUCGCGGUAAAAAGCUAGCAAACUCUGCCAUGCCCCCCUAGAAGAUGAUGCUCCAAACAACAACAAUGACGGUGACAUAACGCAGGGGGUUGCUGGAGAAGAAACAAGGAGGAACUGGGUGUUAUAUUAGUGGGUAACUGUUAACGAUGUGAUGGACGAAGUGAAAAGACUUUCCCCAUCAAAUGGAAGAACUUUUGGAAGAGUCUCAAACUUUUUCCCCUGGUCAAAUGACACGUCAGCUGAGCUCUGGCACAGCACUCCUCUUAAGCAGAAAAAUGUUGAUGCUUCACUGGAUGUUAGCCAACCCUCUGUCCCACCCAGCUUCAAGAUGGACUUCACAGCAAAACAGUGGGCCACAAUAACACCUCCUCCUAUCCCAGCAGAUACCCUCCGUCCCCCCAGCUCGCAGCACACAGAGUUUCCGGUGAAUGACCUGAGUGGCUCCACAAUCCAGAGGCAGAGGAGGGAGCUGCAGCUGCUGAUGGCUGAGCUGAAGGACCGGGACAAGGAGCUGAACGCCAUGGCCGCCUCCCAUCAUAAGCAGCUUCACGCCUGGGAACAAGACCGCCAGAGGGUGCUCAGCUUGGAGCAGAGGUGCGCCCGUUUGGAUGAUGAGUUGCAGAAGCGUAAUGAGGUGAUCAGAGUCCUGACUAAACGUGUUUGGGUGGUGGAAACCAGGGAGGAGGAAGUCCAGAAGGAGCUCAGCGCUGCCCGACAGCAGCUGUGUGAGCUGGAGCAGAAACAGCAGCACAUCAGCCAAAGAUGUGAAGACUUUGAGGAGAAGAACCAGAGUCUCAACUCCACGGUCAUGGCUCUGUCCACUCAAGUCGGCUCUCUGCAGGUCAGGGAGGAAGAACUGAGCUCCCUGAUCAAACUCAAGGACAAGGAUGUGACUGAAGCCUCGGGUCAUAUAGCCGACCUCGCAGGGCGCCUACGAGAUCUGGAAACAUCGCUUACGGACAGCCGCUCACAGGAAAACAAACUCAUGAGAGACUUGGAGGAAAAUAAACGGCGUUAUAGAGAGGCCAGGCAUGAGGUCACGCACCUUAAAGAGGAGCUGCAGCAGCAGGUAACACAGAGCAGCACACAGAGGGAGGAGAUCAUCCGUCUCAAACAGGAGCUCCAGCUGCUUCGCAGAGAUCUGGCCUUGGCGGGGGAGGGAGACGGCUGGAAAGAUGAGCUGCUAGAACUGGCUCGCUCCAAACAGGAACGCACCGUGUCAGAGCUCCGCUGCCUACGACAGGUGUGUGAGAAUCAGCGCAACGACCUGCAGCUUUUGCAGUUGAACCUGGAAAGUUCCCGUGAAGCCCUGAGAGAGAAGAGCAGUCAGGGAUUGCCUGGCAGUCAGGAUGAGUUCGGAUGCUGCUGUCUGGACAACCCGUCACCUUCAUCGCUCAGACUGAAGAAAUCGAGACCUUUACAUGAUGCUGCCGCUCUGCCAGCAGCUAAUCUGCGAGGCACCGUCAACAGUGAACUGGGAAUCUUCUCGGCACAAUUUGUGGGUGUAAGGCAGGAAACGGCGCCUCAUGUUAAGAACAGUGAUGGUGGUGACCCUGUGUCCAGCUGUUCUCUGCAGCAGCUGUUAAAAGAGUCCCGGCAGGUCAUCGAGGCCAGUUCAGAGCCCAGCAGCUCGAGACCCCACAGCUCCGUACACAACAGUGGCCCUACUAUGAGCUGUGGGACCACUGACCCCUUUUACUCUCAUAAGUGCCAGACGUCCCACCACCACCCAGCUACUCCAACACAGGCCUGUGAAACUCCACCCAAAGCCUGCCCUCGACAUGGUACCUGCCAGCCAUGUGGACUUCUUGACAAAGACUGAAGCACAGAUUCUUUUUUUCAGGGAAACUUUAUGUAUUUACCAAAGUGACUCCAUGUGCUAAAUUAUGUAGCACUAGAGACUGUUUUAAAAAUCAGUGUUACCACAGAACCUAAACCUGUUUUUAUGCAAACAGCUAAAAAAACUGAAUGAUAAAAAAACUGUCAUGAAUUUGUUUUGCACCAUAUUAUCUUGUUUGUAAUUUGGUUCCAGUGCAUUUCCAGUACUUUCUUUUGGGGAGGGGGAGGUACACUUGAGAUUAACAUGCAUGCUGUGUAUUUUUUAAAACCCUGUCUCAGAUUUUUAAAGGCUGUAUUGUGUGUAUUUUUAAAGUGACUGAGAUGUGAAACCAGUCCUACAGGGCUGUUGAGUGGCGUGUCCUUAUAUUGUCUUUCCAGUUUCACUGCUUACAGAUUUGUCUGGUGACUCAGGAGAUGUUGAUAGUUGUUAAUAGUCUUAACAAUGUGUAACUUGUUCAUGGUGUCAUUACUUACUAAAAUAUGUAUAUACAAACUA